GUGCGCCUCAUAUUCUGCAGUCCUCCCCGCUCUCCCGAGGAGCUCGACUACACUUUCAUUCGUCGGUUGGCGGUUUUUAUUUGCUUGGGUUUUUCUCGCUUGAUUACAUUGCUUUAAUUUUUACUUUACCGAAGCGUGAAGUUGAUACCGGCCGAAGAUGUCGUCUUCCACCGAGAUGUCCACCAGGCUGUUCUUCUCCACGAUGGCUCCUCUCCACACGGCCUCUCCAGGAGGAGUCGUGGGUCUAGCCAUGGAGCACAACACCACCUCGUGCGCGGAGUGGGAGGGGACCCACCAUCUGCUCUUCCACCUGGGCAACCUGUCCCUGCUCAUGGCCCUGGUCAUCCCCACGACCCUGUCUCUGCACAUGACCCUGCUGCGCAUGUUGCUGAUGACAGGAUGCUCUUUCUUCAUCGCCUGGGCGACGCUCUACAGGUGCAAUCUUGACGUGAUGGUGUGGAAUGUGGUCUUCCUGCUAGUCAACUUCAUGCACUUCUUCUACCUGCUCUACAAACGCAGGCCGAUCAAGAUUGACAGGGAGUUGAGGUCUGUAUACAAGCGGAUGUUUGAGCCACUCCACGUGCGAGAGGCUCUGUUUCAGAGGCUCACCGGCCAGUUCUGCACCAUCCAGACCCUGAAGAAGGGCCAGGUGUACGCGGCCGAAGAUAAGACCUCAGUGGACGAGCGACUCAGCAUUCUGCUCAAAGGAAAGAUGAAGGUCUCCUACCGUGGACAUUUCCUCCACAACAUCUACACCAACGCCUUCAUCGACUCGCCAGAAUUCAGGUCAACUGAGAUGCACAGAGGAGAGAAGUUCCAGGUGACCAUCACAGCAGAGGAGAACUGCAAGUUCCUGUGCUGGACCCGCGAGAGGCUGACCUACUUCCUGGAUUCUGACACGUUCCUGAACGAGGUGUUCCGGUACCUCAUCGGGAAGGACAUCACAAACAAGCUGUACUCUCUCAACGACCCCACCCUAAGCGACAAGGAGGUGAAGAAGAUGGACCGCCAGCCCAGCCUUUGCUCCCAAUUGUCCAUGAUGCAGAUGAGGAACAGCAUGGGUAGCACCAGCGACACGGACGACGUUCUCAACCAGAUCUUACGGGGCAGCUCCACCGGCUCAUCACUCCAGAAAUCCCCGGCCUCCAAGAGCUCCUCCAUGAUGAAGCCUAUCGAGGAAGGCAUGGAAGAUGACGUCUUUGAGGAAUGCAAUCCACCGGACUCGCGACACAGCCCCUCAAGACACGUAGAGGAGGUGUAGUCGUAAAUCGACUAAAAAUGUUGCACGUCCAAUGAGACAAGGGCAAAAAAACAUGAGGAGCCAAUGAGUGUUGUCCAAUAGGGUUGUUAAAACAAUCAAACUGUGAUCUGUCUGAAACUUCUAGUCCUUUAAUAUAUGGGAGAGCCCAAUUAGGAACACAACGAAAGACAUAUGUUUGUGUAGCAGAUAUCCCACUAUGGAUACUGAUGUGUGUUUCCGAGCACAUUGUUCACCCUGAGCAUACAAUGUAUUUAUUCUGACUUUGCACUUUGUGAUUAAGCAAUAGUUUUUAUUAUGUGUUGACUUGAGAAUGAAUGACAACUGUAAUUUACCGUGUGUAUCUUUUAAAAUACUAGUUAUGUAUUGUGUUAAAAAAAAUUCUAUGUAUAUUUUGAAGUUAAAUAGUUUGAGAAAAGCGAAAGACAAUAAACAAAACCAAGCUGAAAAAGCAAUGCGGUUG